CCAUGUGGCAUCCCGCCAUCUUAGACUAAAUUCGCAGUGCAGCCCUGGAAAUUGCAAAUUUUAUUUAGAUACUCGCGUCAACCAAAAAAAAAAACAAUAAAACAGCCUUAAUGUGCGAGGAAUAAACAGCGAAUCGAGUCGAACGCGUUCAGCAGCACCUCUAGCACCCGGGACACACAAAAUGGAGGCUCUAAUUCCAGUUAUAAAUAAGUUGCAGGAUGUCUUCAACACGGUGGGCUCCGACUCAAUACAGUUGCCCCAAAUUGUUGUUCUCGGCAGUCAGAGCUCCGGCAAGAGUUCCGUCAUCGAAAGCGUGGUAGGACGCUCCUUUCUUCCGCGUGGAACCGGAAUCGUCACCCGCCGUCCCCUAGUAUUGCAACUGAUCUACUGCCCCCUCGAUGAUCGCGAGAACCGCUCUGCCGAAAACGGCACCUCCAAUGCCGAGGAGUGGGGACGUUUUCUCCACUCCAAGAAGUGCUACACGGACUUCGACGAGAUUCGUCAGGAAAUCGAAAACGAAACGGAACGUGCUGCUGGCAACAACAAAGGAAUCUGCCCCGAACCCAUAAACCUAAAGAUAUUCUCCACAAAUGUGGUAAACUUGACGCUGGUGGACCUGCCAGGCAUCACUAAGGUGCCCGUGGGUGAUCAGCCGGAAGACAUCGAGGCGCAGAUAAAAGACUUGGUGCUCAAGUACAUUGAAAACCCCAAUUCAAUAAUAUUGGCCGUGACGGCGGCCAAUACGGACAUGGCCACCAGCGAGGCGUUAAAGCUGGCCAAAGACGUGGAUCCUGACGGUCGCCGCACCCUGGCGGUGGUCACCAAGCUGGACCUGAUGGACGCCGGUACUGAUGCCAUAGACAUACUCUGCGGCCGAGUUAUUCCUGUCAAGCUAGGCAUCAUCGGCGUGAUGAACCGCUCGCAAAAAGACAUUAUGGACCAAAAGCACAUCGAUGAGCAGAUGAAGGAUGAGGCCGCCUUCCUGCAAAGGAAGUACCCCACUCUAGCCACUCGGAACGGCACACCCUACCUGGCCAAAACUCUCAAUCGGCUGCUGAUGCACCACAUCCGGGACUGUCUGCCAGAUUUGAAGACCCGUGUAAACAUAAUGUCCACGCAGUUCCAAUCGCUGCUAAACUCCUAUGGCGAGGAUGUUUCGGACAAGAGUCAGACGCUGUUGCAAAUCAUCACCAAGUUCGCCAGCGCAUACUGCUCCACUAUCGAGGGUACGGCGAGGAAUAUCGAAACCACAGAGCUGUGCGGUGGCGCCCGAAUCUGUUACAUAUUUCACGAGACCUUUGGCCGCACUCUGGACUCCAUUCACCCGCUGGCGGGCCUAAGCAAAAUGGAUAUACUAACGGCCAUUAGGAAUGCGACAGGUCCCCGGCCGGCUCUCUUUGUUCCGGAAGUAUCCUUCGAGCUUCUGGUGAAACGACAAAUCCGACGCCUUGAGGAGCCCUCCUUGCGUUGUGUGGAACUAAUCCAUGAGGAGAUGCAGCGCAUUGUGCAGCAUUGCGGCAACGAAGUGCAACAGGAGAUGAUGCGCUUCCCAAAACUGCAUGAAAAAAUUGUGGAUGUCGUCACGCAACUGUUGCGGCGGCGGCUCCCAGCGACCAAUGUGAUGGUGGAAAACAUUGUGGCCAUCGAACUGGCCUACAUCAACACCAAGCACCCCGACUUCCACAAGGAUGCUGCACUUGUGCCAAGUUUGCUGAAAACUGACAAUGAUCCCUACUCGCAAAUGAAUCUAGGAAGCCAACGAAGGGCUAACACACCACGCAACCAUAUGUCGCCACAGGUUUCGGCCUCGCAACAACAGCAGCUGCAAACCAACCAACAAAAUGAUGCACACGAGCAGAAUCAUAUUGGAGAGAACUCGACGGCAUCGACUGCUAGCACCUGGCUGUCCAAUAUUCUACCACCAGCUCCAAUUCGACCAGACAGCAUUGAAAACUCGGCCAGCAACACGCCAGUUCACAACAAUAUUGUUAGUCCAGUGAAGCCAGUCAAUUUGCUUCCGGAUGUGCCGGCAAACCACAACCCUCGCCGGCUAACUGACAAGGAGCAAAAGGACUGCGAUGUCAUCGAGCGUCUGAUCAAAUCGUAUUUCUACAUUGUGAGAAAAUCCAUUCAAGAUUCGGUACCAAAGGCCAUAAUGCAUUUCUUGGUUAACUACGUUAAGGACAACUUGCAAAGCGAACUGGUUACCCAUCUCUAUAAGUCGGACAGGGCUGAAACGCUCCUAAAUGAGUCUGACCAUAUUGCAGUGCGCCGAAAAGAGGCCGCUGACAUGCUAAAGGCUCUGACGCGAGCGAACCACAUUAUCAGCGAAAUCCGCGAGACUCACAUGUGGUAGACUGGGCAAAGUUUUACGGAAUCAGUUUCGACUUAAUAAUCCCCACAUAUAAGCAACAUAAAAACUAUUUAUUGAAGACGCGUUUGAAGCGAAAUUCUCCUACUUUGUUAAAUGUUUUCCUACCCAAGCACUAAAAUAUCAUCAAGUUGCAUGCAAACCACCA